AUGAAUCAUUAUUUUACGUUUCUAGGUGCUGAGCCCUACAGUCUUUUAAAAAUUCUGGAGGGCCUCCAGGCAGAGCCACAGAUCUACCCUUCACCCCUGUACUCAUUCUCCCUCUGCAUGGAGAUCAACAACCGCGUCUUCAGCGAUGCUCUCCUCAACACAACCUCACAGCAGUACAAGCGCAUGUAUGCUGAGGUUGCUGGAAUUCUGGACAUCGCCUUCAACUGCUCUGAAUGUGACACAAGAGAAACCUAUAGAGGAGUGACAAAUAUAGAGUUCAGUAACGGGUCUGUGAUUGCAAAUUGUACCAUCCAGUUCCAGACCAUUUUUAUCAACAAUGUUGUGAUCAAGCAUUUGUUCCUGAGGGCCAUAGAUAAUAAUACUCAAGUGAACGGUCUUGCAGUCAACAGACAGUACACAGCUGAAACAGUCACACCUGCCUGGCUUUUUCCAAAGUCAACAACUCCGAUGGUUACAGCAAUGCCUUUUGCAGAAUCUAGUGUUGAGGGUCUUCCUGGUUGGGCCAUUGCAUUGCUAGUGCUAGCAUGCAUCAUUAUACUGCUUCUUUUUAUCAUCUUACUACUGAUAUGCUUUUGGUGCUGUAGGAGAAAAGAAAAAAAGGAAGAAACACAAACCGUAACACCAUAUGAGAGAACGUCCUUCAAAGAACAUCUUGCCAAUCCCACAUAUAUGUCACACACACCUGAGAGGAACCCCAACUACCGGAGCUUGGGAGAACCGGAAGUACAACAUGGCAACCGAUCCGGGGUGUACACGAUGAAUCCUCAGAGAUGAAAACCACAACACCACUAUUAGAGAGAGGCAUGGAGGUCAGGAUGGUAAAGCGGAUUCUCUCAUAGAAGAAUGUGGACUUGUCAUCGUUACCAUGUGUAAUCUAAGUAUUAUACUCAACUGGACAGACAAUUAUUUAUUUCUGUACUUUUUAUGAAGCACAGAUAUGGGGAUUUGGGUCUGUGAACUUUUGCAUCUCUGAUUCGAUUUCAGUGUAACAUAGGUAAGACCGGGGCUAGUUGUCACACUUAAUACUCCACUAAAU